UUAUAUUUACCGCGCGACUGACACCUGAUGUCACAAUAAAUUAGUUUUUGAAUCAUUUCAUGUUGUGUUUGCAGAAAAUUUUGUUUACUUUAGUGAAAUCCUCUGGCAGUUACAUUAGAUGUUAGAUUUCUUCGAAAGUUGAUAGUCCGCUCCGCAAGGAAAGUUACCUUUCGAACCAUGUCAAAGCUCUAUGAGCUCAUACCCAGGCAAAUUGGCUGUGAGGUCGUCGGUAUCAAUUUACAAACUGAGAACAGACCUGAAGUGAUCGAACAAAUAAGAAAAGACGUUACUUCCCACAGAAUAUUGUUGUUUACGGGCCAAGGUAUCAUCGACGGUGCCAGACAUGUGGAAAUCAGUAGAUGGUUUGGAGACUUGGAAUCAACAUUUUACAAACACGAGAAAUCACCCCAUCCAGACGUUUUUAGAGUUUCAAAUGAUGCGACUGAAGGAUGCCGCGGUGUUGGUAGAACCGGAUGGCAUAUCGAUGGUUCGUUUCAACCUGCACCGUUCGGCUAUUCCUUGUAUCACAUGGUGUCAGUCCCAUCGGACGGAGCUACACAAUUUCUCCCAUUGACAGAGUUCAUCGAAAAUUUGAAAACGGAAACAUUUGCCAAAUGGAACCAAUUAUGGAUGAUGAGCGAUCGCCGAUCGGGGCCCAUACAUCCGUUGAUUUAUAAACAUCCAUUGACGAAGAAGCUGGUAAUGUGCCUUCAUCUGGGUAUGACCGAACGUUUUAUCUCGAACUAUGGAGGAUCGAAAGAAAAAUUGUUGAGCAUCGAAGAAAGUGAACAGAUUCUUCGAGAAAUUCACGACGAAAUAACUGUGAGAAAUCAGAAGCUUAUCUACAGGCAUGAGUGGCAACCCGGUGAGUUUAUUAUUUCCGAUAAUUUGGCUGUUGGUCAUGAGGCGGUUCCUGAAACUCAAUACUCUAGAGAUCGAGUUGGAUUGCGUGUGUUGCAUAGAACGACUAUACAAGGCGUUCAUAAACCUAAUAAAGAUUGAAUGAGGAGAA